GAAGCAAGGCGUCCUUGACUGGCCAACGUUUUGCUCUAUUGCUACUGGAGCAGCUCUGUAAUCGCCCUUGUUUGCCCGGAGUACUGCCAUAUCUGAUGCUUCGUAAGUUCAUGCGAAAAUGCGGUACAUUUAGCAGGCCCUCGUCACCGUAAUCACACAUGGCCACCAAGUACAUCAUCGGAUCGGUGGCAGCGUCCUUCGCCUUCGCCUACGCUUGCGGCGUCUACGUCGCCGACAGGAAGGUCCUUGGAGGCACGACUCCUCGGACCGUGGCGACGAACGAGUGGUGGCAGGAGACGGACAAGAAGUUCCAGGCGUGGCCCCGCACCGCUGGGCCGCCGGUCGCCAUGAACCCGAUCAGCCGCCAGAACUUCGUCGUCAAGUCGUCUGAAUCGUGAAGGCUUUUACACGAAAGAUGACACACACUGCAGCCUGCUAUGCCUAUCUGCAAUUCUGCAUCUCAUGUGUUCCGGUUCCAAACAACUGAACAAGCAAGCGAGCAUGCAUCUGAGAUUCUUUCUGACGAUGUAGCGUAUUGUAGCUUUGUGUUUCAAUAAGGAUUCAGCACAUUACACGCAGCUGUCAGAAUGCUAGCCCUGCGGUGAUUCUUGCAAUCUGUGUCUUGGUAUGAUCUGUGCGCAUUGCUAUUCAUUGGCAGAACGCGAA